AGGGGAGAGACCCGACCCGCUUGGGGGCCGGUGGCAGUAGCCUAGGCGUAAGCUGCGAUUGCUUUCGCCAGCUUGACCACCCCCCUCCGUAUUAUUAAGGUCAUGCCUACCUAAGCAUACCGAUUGCACUGGCAGUCAGGCGAGAGGGGGUCGAUGCAAUACUAAUGGGGCUCGAAGAUCCAGCAGCUCGAAAUACUAUUUAGAAGCUUCCGCCCCCAAAUCAUCGUUGGUCAUCCCAACAACAACCCACAGCAAGCUGCAAACCCCUCAUAUGACCUCUCGCCUCGGACAGUUGAGUAAACAAUUCUUCAACAUGGCCGCCAAGACCAAGACCGACAUCCACCUGUACACCACCGGCACCCCCAACGGUAUCAAGGUGUCCAUUUUGUUGGAGGAGCUUGGACUGGACUACCAGGUCACCGCCAUUGACAUCUCCAAGAACACUCAAAAGGAGCCCUGGUUCCUUGAGAUCAACCCCAAUGGGCGCAUCCCGGCCUUGACCGACACGUUCGAAGAUGGCAAGCAGAUCCGUCUCUUCGAGUCCGGUAGCAUUUUGCAAUACCUCGUCGACCGCUACGACAAGGAUCACAAGGUCUCUUACCCCUACGGCUCGCGUGAGUACUGGGAGGUGAACAACUGGCUGCACUGGCAGAUGGGUGGUCUGGGCCCCAUGCAGGGACAAGCCAACCACUUUAAGCGUUACGCCCCGGAAAAGAUCCAGUACGGCAUCGACCGCUACGUCAACGAGACGCGCCGCCUGUAUCGCACCAUGGACACGCAGCUCAAGGCCAACCCCCACGGCUACCUCGUUGGCGACCGCGUGACUAUCGCCGACAUUGCCAGCUGGGGUUGGGUCGCGGCCAGCAAGUGGGCGGGCAUCGACCUCGACGAGUUCCCCGCCCUUAAGGCGUGGCUGUGGAAGCUCGUCGAGAGGCCCGGCUUCGAGCAGGGCCGUCACAUUCCCUCCCCCCACAAGGCCUUGGAGCACCACAGUAAGACCGACGAGGAGCUGGAUGAGCAGGCCAAGGCUGCCUCUGCGUGGAUUCUCAAAGGAAUGCAGGAGGAUGCCGCUAAGAAAUGAGAAAUGAGAGAUGAGAAACGAAUGAGCACGGAUUCUGAAACACUGAGCGUCAAAUUAACAAAAAAGACACUUGAACAAUUGAAACAAGUGAAAUAUGAAGUCCUGG